AUGCGCAUCCGGCACUUUGCAAGCCAGAACUGGCAGACGUUCCGGGAACGUCCGCUUGCAGAGAUCUCCGGAGCGGUUGGGGAUCUCGGAACCUUUCUGCCUAUCCUAAUCGCGUUGACAAUAAACGACUCAAUCUCACUACCGAGUACAUUAGUAUUUUCAGGAAUAUGGAAUAUUCUUACGGGCCUAUUUUUUGGUAUUCCGCUGCCCGUCCAGCCGAUGAAGGCCAUCGCAGCUGUGGCGAUCGCGGGGAAAUACACUGCCGGCCAGGUUGCUGCAGCUGGACUGUUCGUGGCUAUCUGCAUCUUACUCUUUAGUGUGACGGGAGCUCUGCGCUGGUUUUCUGGGGUAGUGCCUAUCCCAGUUGUUAAGGGGAUACAAGUUGGAGCUGGCUUAUCGCUCGUUGUAUCCGCCGGUGUUACGCUGAAGGGCUCGCUGUCGUGGAUUCAACCAUCAUGGGCGGACAAUUAUAUCUGGAUGAUUGCUGCCUUUGUUGGCCUGGUAAUAACUAAUGUCUACCGGCGCAUUCCCUAUGGACUAACUGUGUUUAUUCUGGGGCUGGUAUUUGCCAUUAUACGACUAGCUGUGUCGGAAGGUGGUAUCCUACCUGGUUUCCGUUUCUGGAGGCCGUGGCUUACUGUACCGAGCCUACUGGAUUGGAAUACUGGUAUCCUUGACGCUGGAGUUGGUCAAGUACCGCUUACAACACUAAACUCUGUCAUUGCUGUGGUGCAUCUUGCAGCCGACCUGCUACCAGACAUUCAGACUCCGACGGUCACAGAGAUUGGACUAAGCGUAGCUGCCAUGAACCUAAUUGGCAUCUGGUUUGGCUCCAUGCCAGUAUGUCAUGGAUCUGGUGGUCUUGCAGCCCAAUAUCGAUUUGGAGCUCGAUCUGGGGCCAGUGUCAUUUUUCUAGGGUUUGUCAAGGUAGUGGUCGGUUUGCUGUUUGGCAACACCAUUGUCGACCUACUGGCGAAAUUUCCCGUAGCACUUUUGAGUGUGAUGGUGAUUGCAGCAGGGCUUGAGCUAGCCAGUGUGGGCGAGUCGCUGAACACGUCUUCAGCCUGGGACCUGCGCUCGCAAGAAGACAGAGGCAUUCUGACUGGACCUAUCUCUGGAGCCUCCCUAGAUACUGAUGAACGGAAGAAGAGAUGGACCGUGAUGAUUGUUACCAUCGGAGUGCUGGUCGCGUUUAAAAAUGAUGGGCUGGGCUUUGUAGCCGGUAUGCUAUGUCACUGGACUUAUGGUAUCCCAGCUCUCGUCGACCGGCUGCAGUCUAGAUUUUCCCGUGGAAGAGUCAGACUGCCAACCGACAGCUGA